UUUGGCCUCACUGGUUGUCAAUCAACGUGCGAGCAGAGUUUGUGGUUAGGCGUCAGGUGAAACUCACUUUGGAAAAGAGGGGGCAGAUAAAACUUACUUCGUCUGAACUUUCUGGAAAGUUGUACACUAUUUAUGAAUUUAAUCACCAAAGGAUACUUUUAAUACCGGAAGCCCACACGUUACAAAAUGAAGAGCCUCAAGUAUCGCUUGAAAAAGCACGAAGUUAACAUCACAAACACAGACUGGAACAAGUAUGAUGAUCGGCUGAUGAAGGCUGUGGAACGGAGCGAGGUGGACAAGGUGGCUGCUGUUCUCAGCAAGAAGGGCAUCAUCCCCACCAAGCUCGACGUGGAAGGACGCUCAGCGUUUCAUUUGGCUGCAACGCGAGGACACCUUGACUGUCUCAAUCUUAUCCUGGGACACAGUGUUGAUGUCACUGCGAGUGAUGCCACUGGUAAAAGUGCUCUUCACCUGGCUUCAAGAAAUGGACAUUCUCUGUGUGUGCAGAAACUCUUGCAGCACAACAGUCCAGUUGGAAAUGUGGACCUACAAGGACGAACAGCUCUACACGAUGCUGUCAUGGCUGGCUGCUCCUCCAGCGUGAAACUCCUCUGUGACAGCGGAGCUUCUGUGAAUACCACUGAUUUUGACGGCAAGACACCUUUGGUGCUGGCAACCCAGAUGUGUCAUCCACGUAUCUGUGAGCUGCUGCUGGAGAGAGGGGCUGACAUCACCAUCCGGGACAAACAAAACAAGACGGCGCUGAUCCUGGGCUGCGAGUACGGCUGUAAGGAUGCGGUGGAGGUGUUGCUGAAGAGUGGCGCUGACAUGAAGGCAGUUGACGGCUUGGAUCACGAUGCAUUUCACUACGCUCGCCUCAGCAAGAACCAGGAACUUGUUGCGUUGGUCAAAAGUUACCUCGACAAAGCCACCAGAGAUAAGGAGGCUGCAAAGAUGGAACAGUGGAAGCGACAGUAUUCAGUGGAGAGAUCGGAGGCAGCUGAGGUAAACAUAAGGGAUCAAAUCAUACACGACUUGGAGAGGCAGAACGAGACCAUGCAGGAAAAUCUCAGGAAGUCCCACCAGGAUCAGAGAGCCCUGUUAGAUAAGGUCAACAUGCUACAGCAACAGCUCACACAGGAAAAGAUUGCUGUGGAAGACACUCAAAAAGAGAAGGAGCAGUUGAAGGUGUUACUCAGUGCCAAAGAAAGAGAAGAAGGAGCUCGAGGCCUGGAGACUGUCAAGGUCCAGCUCCGGAGUACAUUGGGGGACUACUCAGUGCAAUCUGUUAUCAAAGGUAAAGAAAACAUUUUGGUCAAACAAGCUCACAGCCUGGAUUCUGAGCAGCUGUUCCAGAAUGCUGUCGUGCCCCGUUCACUGUCCAGGCCGCCAGAGAAAAGUCAGCCCACUGUAGGCUGGGACGUCUCUGCUGAACUGGAGGCACUCCGGCGUGAACUCGAGGCCGUCAAGAGAAAACAACAGGCAGCAGAGGACGAGACGGCGCGCCUUCAAUCUGCCCUAAACCGUAAAAACCGAGAGUGCCAAGAGCUGGUUCAGAGCCGAGACACCAUCCAGAAACAGGCUGACCAGCAGGUUCAAGAACUGGAGGACGCUUUGGGGGACGUCCAGAAGAGGAUGCUGGAUUCUGAGUGUAAGGUCAAACAGCUGCAAGCCCAUGUAGUCGCCGUUAAGGAACACUUAGGAGGCCAGGCAGCAGAAGAACUGCGUGCCCAGCUCCAGGACAUCAAGGCCAAGUAUGAAGGUGCUUCGGCCGAAGUGUGUCGCGUUCGUAACCGCCUCAAACAGAGCGAGAAGGCCUUGGAGGAGUACAAGAGCAGCGAGAACCAGCUAGCAACAGAGGCAGAAAAGCUGAACCAAGAGCUGGAAGCUCUGACUGCAGAAAGAGACGAACUAGCAGAAACCCUUUUAGAAAUGGAAGCCCAUUUGAAGGAGACCCAGACAAAACAUGGCAACACAGUGCCAGCUGAGAAGUUUGACAACAUGAAAAACCUGCUGACAAACGCAGUAGACGAGAAGGAACGGCAGAUCGCUGAGCUGAGGGAAGACUACGAUCGUGUGCUGGAGGAGGUGGCGGAGCUCCAUCGACAGCUGGACACUCCGUCAUCCCAGGGAGGAUCCGGGGCGAUGUCUGCUGAGGAGCAACAGAGGAUACGGGUGGCCCUCGAAGAGCAGAAUGAUUCACUGAAAAGGAAACUGGUCGAUGUGACUAACAAAAGCCAGGCUCUAAUUAAGGAGGUCGGCCAGAGCGAGGAGGAAAGAGAUAUACUACGAGAGCAGCUGGACGAGAUCAACAGCAGGAUUGAGAGCGACUUUAUACCCAUGAAGGUGCACGAGGAAGCCCGGGCGAACAUGGUGACGGCUUUAGAGGAGCUGGAGGACAAACUGGUGGAAGCCAGCGAACGUUACGGAAAAGCAGAGGCACAACUCCAGCAGCUUCUAACCGAGAGGCCCACGCUGCAGGAGAAUAUCAGCAGGCUCCAAAGCGCAAGUGAGAGACACCUUAGGGAAGUGGACACUCUGAGAUCUCAGAAUGCCGACCUGGCGAAGAAACAUGAACUUUUGCAGAGGAAAUGUGAAGACAAAGAUAAAGAGUGUGUACAGCUGACCGCGCAGAGCCAGGCUCUGAAACAAAGCUUGGAGGUAGAGUAUGUUCCCAGACAGCAGCACGAGCAAGUGAAGAUGGAGUUAAGUUCCACCUUAGAGAGUGUUAAAGCUGAGAUGUUGAAGUUGGAGACCAAGGGAAAAGAGAGUGCAGGAGAAUUGAAGAAUGUGAAAGAAGCAAGUGAUACGUUGAAAGAGAAGUUGGAAAAAGUCCUGUUGGAAAUGAAAAAAGACUACAUGAGCGUAAAAGACCACAAAGCUAUCACAGACAAGUUGAAUGCUGCUGUGGACGAAGCAGAGAACAGAGCAAAUGAAGUGGCUGGGAUGUAUGCGUUGGCUCAGGAGGAAUCGCUAAAGCUUACCCGAGAACUGGAGGCGCAGAAGAAAGAACUUGAUACCAUACAGGAGGCUAUUCAGUCCAAGUUUAUCCCGCUGACAGCGGCUGAGGAAAAAGAACACUCGCACAGUGCCCAGGUGAAGGAGUUGACAGUCAAACUGUUGGAAAUGGAAGAGAAGUAUAAUACAGAAAGGUCUGCCAGAGAGAGCAACAGACAGGAGAAAGAUCAACUAAAAGUUGAGAUUGAAUCUGUUCAACAGAGACUUGACUCUGCUGUAGUUACCAGUGAAAAGCACAAGAAUGUGGAGGAAGAGUUCAAGGGUAAAUUUGAGGAAUUAACUCAGAAGUUGGUUAGGCUAGAGCAGCAGCACAGGGAGGUAACGCUUCAGAACGCUGAUCUUCAAAACCAGAACGCCCUCAGCAACGCUCAAAUCCAGAAUCUCCAGGAGCGUCUGAAAUCGGAGUUGACUCGGAUAGCAACAUACGACACAGAGCUUAAAGCCCUCCACGACGCCAUGCAGCAAGCCCAGGCCGACUGCAAGAAAGCCAGAGAGGCUCAGCAGGAGGAGGCCCAGAGGGUUUGUGCCCUACAGAAAGAAGUUCAGGAACGCUGUGGGGAAGAGGCAUCUCUGCUGCAACAACAGGCCAAGGCCAAGGAUGCCCUGGAGGCCGAGGUCGCUAAGCUUCGAUUGGCUCUCCGCGAAGAGGAGGAGAACAGCGCCCAGAGGGCUGAAGAUGUAUCUGCCCUGCAAUCUGAGCUCCUUCAGGCCACACAGGCUCUGGAGGAAAUUCGCUACAAGGAAGACCAAAUGAACCAGCUGAAGAAGGAGAAGCAGCAGCUGGAGGAGGACGUCGCCAAUCUGACAAAUAAGCUACGGAGCUUGGCUAAGGAGAGUGAAGAGGCCCACCGGGAGACAUCGCAAGCAAGGGAGGGUGAGAGCAGGGCGCGGGCCGAGAUGGAGGCCCUCCAGGAGAAGGGCCGUGCAAUUGAGAGAGAAAUUAGGGAGCUGAAAGAGAGAUAUGAUGAGUCGCUCAGCACCAUCGGUGAUCUUCAGAGGAGGAUUCAGACAUCAGCUCAGCAGACUGAAGCAAAAGACAAGAAGAUCACAGAGUUGCUGACAGAUGUUGAGCGAUUGAAGCAGGCACUUAACGGUCUGUCCCAGCUGGCAUACACAAGCAACGCCCCCAAUAAGAGACAGACGCAGCACAUCGACACACUCCAUGGCCAGAUCAAGAGCCUACAGCAACAGCUGGCUGAUGCUGAGAGGCAACACAGGGAGGUGGUUUCAAUUUAUCGAACUCAUCUUCUCAGCGCAGCACAGGGCCACAUGGAUGAGGACGUCCAGGCCGCCUUACUACAGAUCAUCCGCAUGAGACAGGAGUUUGUGUGUUAAAGCUUCCUCCAACAAAACCAAAUGCUGCCUGCUGACUCAAGUUCACCAAUCUCACAUUUCCCACUGUAGGGUUUCCCUGCCGUGGCCCCUGUGGGUGCCCGGUGUGCGGCAACAUUUCUCCAAACAGGCUGCUCUGAAAUCCUUAGUUUUUUUUAGGGGGUUACACUUUACUUGAAGGUAUCAACAUAAGACUGACAUGACACUGUCAUGAACAUGUAUAUAGACAUUAUAAACAAGUCCUAAACAUUUAUGACAUAAUGCUUAUUUUAGUAAAUGUCAUUCAGUUUUGUCAUGGGUUAGGGUUCAUGUCUUAUGUAGAUACCUUAAAGUAAAGUGUUACCUUUUUUCCAGUACGGCUGCACUCGGUUCCCAGACAUCUAAUUCUGUGUUGUAGGUACAAGUGAAUAACUGUAGCUUUUAGAUACAAAUAUGUUAUUUCAACUUAACUAGAAAGCUCAUUUUACAUAAAAAAAAUGACAUUGUAUCAAUUACUGUAUCAAACUGACCUGUGAAAUCCUUUUGACUUAAUGAUCUGUAUGUAUGCAGGAACAACAAGAUCUAACAGAAAGUGCCACGCCAUACAUUUCUGUCAUAUCUACGGUAUUUUGAGUGAUGCAAAUCUGCAUUUUCAUGCAGCUUUGACUCAUUAUAUUCAGUGAUACGGGGAGUUCUUUGACAUGUAGGUCCCUUUUUUUUUUUUUUUUUAUAGAUUACUCGCUCUUGGAAUUCUCAGUUGAAAUGUUAAAUGGACAGCAACACAAAGACCACUUUUCACAUUCCCACCUGACCGCUCUCGUACAGUGUCUUUUCGUAUUUGACAGCAACGUUUGCUCAAAUUUGAGGGAUAGGUUCAAAUUUUCUCAAGUGGCCCUUUUAAAAGUCUGAACACUGAAAUAGGUUUUGCGUGUUGUAAUAAUUUCUCUUGUUGGUACUGGACACUAAAAGUCUAAAAAUCCUUUUACAAAACUGAGAGAUAUUCAUCGCUGUGAUUUAACUGGCAGUAAAGAGACCUCUUCCUUACAUGAUUUUGAUGUAAGAUAUGACAAAAAACAUGUCAACGUUUAACCAGCAGUAUGAAUUAGUCUAUCAAGUGGGUUUCUUUCAAGGUUACUAUUUUUUAUUUUUUGUAUAAAAUUCCCUCUUUUUGUUUACUUGCUAAGUUUCUGGGACGUCACUAAAGAAAAAGAGCGUGUUUUGUUCCAAAAUGUCUUUAAUUUUGGAAGUUACCCACUUGAUUUGUCUAACUCUCUCUUACACAAAGAGGACUGUGGUUUUUGUCCCCUGUCUCUUACAUUGAAACACCAUCGUAAGAAAUCCCUUCAUGUCCGGAUUGGACAGAAGUAAUGAUUACACAUGUGGGCAGUAUUUAAAGGCAGACUUGGGGGGGGGGGGGGGGGGGGGGGCGGGGGGGAGGAAUGUGAACCUGUCCUUUGACCUCGUUCAUGUAGGCUACUUUCUUGAGACGUUCUUGACGUCUUGGGUCCCUUUACUCAAUUUGUGGCGCAGUUAUUGUCUCCUGGAGGGCCAAACUAGCACACGUGUUUUCAGAAUAAUCCAAAGAUUCAAAAAUAUGUCACCCAAAUCUUUAAAAAAAAACAAAAAAUGUUGGUAUGUGGUUGAUAAGAAAGUGACAGAUUUGGGAGUCCUGUCACUCACACAGUCUGGUUCCAUGAGUCUAGACAUGCUGGCAGGAUUUGAGUCAUGGAGGGUGUGAAGUGGAGAUCUCUUGCUGUGUCCUACAGUUUGCAGUGGCGCGUCGUCCUUUUGUUGAAACCAGAGUGUGCUCUAGUGGAGAGACUUGGCAGGCCAAGUUGAUAGAAAUUGUAA